AUGCCAAAAAACGUGGUUGGUCAGCCAAACCUAAAAAGAAGAAGAAGAAGGCUGCAGAUGCUGCAAGCAGUGCAGGUUGGACAGACAUAUCGACUGGUUCUGGAGAGAGGGAAAAAGAGAAAGAGAAGGACAAGAAGUGUAUCGUCAUGUGAGACAUCGACAUGCACAAAUUGA